AUGUCUGGCGCAACCAGGCGAAUUGGCGUUGACGUUGGAGGAACGAAUACGGAUGGUGUACUACUCGACCCUACGAGCGUGCCAAAUUCGCCCAAUCGCGGUAUCCUAGCUUGGUGCAAGACGCCAACCACUCCGAAUCCGAGUGAUGGCAUUGAGACUUGCAUCGCAAAGCUAUUGAAGGACGCCAAAGUAGCGCUCGACGAUGUCGCGAGCGUCUCCAUCGGGACGACGCACUUCAUCAACGCCGUCGUAGAGAAAGACAGCAAUCGUCUUUCCCCAGUCGCUGUCAUCCGUCUGUGUGGUCCCUUCUCUCGCGAGUGUUAUCCCGGUAUCGACUGGCCUGCCGAUCUCGCAUCUAUCAUCUGCCAAUACUGCGGCUUCGUGGACGGUGGGCUCGAGGUUGACGGAGAAGUGCUUCGUGACGUGGUGGAGGCCCAGAUUGAAGAGCAAUGUAACAUCAUACGAGACAAGGGCAUCCGGUCGAUCGUUGUGAAUGGUAUCUUCUCACCGUCCGACUUCGUCGAGCAGCAGGAGGAGCGCGUAGGGGAAUGGAUCAGGAAAUACUACCCAGAGGCAGAUGUCGUACUCUCCAAACAUGUCGCAAACCUUGGCUUCAUCGAGCGUGAGAAUGCCGCAAUACUCAACGCGUCUAUCCUUCCCUUUGCGCGAUCGACCAUCGCCUCCUUCCAAUAUGCCAUCCGCCGCCUCAAGUUACACUGCCCAGUAUUCCUCACGCAGAAUGACGGCACGCUUCUACCCGCUACGCAGGCUUCGCGCGUCCCAAUCAGGACGUUCAACUCGGGCCCGACCAACUCAAUGUGUGGCGCCGCUUUCCUCGUCAAGCAGUCUGCUGCCGAUCCAGCGACUCGUCGCAGCCUUCUUGUUGCCGAUAUCGGUGGGACUACGACAGAUGUUGGAGUCAUCCUACCCAGCGGACUUCCUCGCCAAGCAUCUGCUAUCACGAACGUCUCUGGAGUGCGGAUGAACUUCUCUUGUCCGGAUGUGAAGAGCAUUGGUCUUGGCGGAGGAUCGGUUGUACGCAAGUCUUCACCCGACUCUGCGCUCACCAUUGGACCGGAUUCUGUUGGGCACAACAUAUCGACGCAAGCCCUCACUUUCGGUGGCGAUGUAGCGACUACAACGGAUUAUGCCAUCGCCUCCAGCCCGGUUGCUCUUGACAUCGGAGAUGCCGCUCGGAUACCGGAUAGCGUGCGCGAAAAUGUGGCAGAGUUUAGAGUAGUACUCAAGACGAUGCUUGAGGGUGUCAUUGAUGCCAUGAAGACGAACGCGGACGACAUCGAUGUGUUGCUGGUCGGAGGGGGCGCAGUACUUGUCGAGGAUGGCGUAAUGCUCAAGGGUGCUGGCACUGUCGUGAAACCAGAAUACUCGGGUGUCGCCAACGCUAUAGGCGCAGCUAUCGCUCGAGUUUCCGGCACAGUGGACACGAUCCUCUCAGUGGCUGACCGCACCACGAAGCAAGUCGUGGACUCUGUAUCCGAUAUGGCGCGAGACAGGGCCGUCGAAAACGGCGCAAUACGCGAAACGGUUGAGUUAGCCGAGAUUGACGUCAUACCAGUUCAGUAUGUUGCGAAUAAAGUACGGGUGCUUGUGAAAGCCAUUGGCGACUACGACUACUCCAGACCUGCGCCUCUAGCCGAACCUUUGGAAGACGAUGCGCCGACUUCCCGCGCCCACGAGACCCCGGCAGCAAAGAACGCUGCACAACACUUGGCACCUUCCGCAACCGAAGCAUACAAGACGCCCUCUGCCAUCGAGAGCUAUGUGCCGCACGUCACAGCCUCGCGCGAGUGGAUUGUAUCUGAACUUGAUCUCGAGUGGCUGUCUACCGGAUGCUACAUUCUCGGCACCGGCGGAGGAGGAACUCCGUACCCGCACUUCGUAAGAGUCCGUGAGAUGAUGCGCAGAGGCAGCACUAUCCGCAUCAUGAGCGUCGAUGACUUGAAGGAUGAUGCCCUCGUCGCUUGCGGCGGCGGCAAGGGCAGCCCGACUGUGGGCAUCGAGAAGUUGUCCGGCAACGAGAUGAUGGAAUCGCAGACUGUGCUCUAUGAGCUCGUCGGCCGUCAACCGGAUGCUGUGAUGGCUCUUGAGAUUGGCGGAGGCAAUGGUUUACAAGGUCUCUUGCUGGGCGCCUCAGCGCAUAUGAACAUACCCGUCGUAGACGUUGAUUGGAUGGGACGUGCCUAUCCAGUGUCUUGGCAAAUCACGCCUGUAGUCUGGGGCGGAGAUGGCGCACAAUUCAUACCCCAAGUCAUUGCGGACGGAAAUGGGAAUGUCAUGGUCUUCCACAAAGGAACUACUGAAAAGAUGAUCGAACGGGCUUUCCGUGCCGCUCUUGCGGAGAUGGGCAGCCAUGUUGCCUGUGCUAAGGGGCCGUAUACGGGUGCUAAGACGAAGGCGUACGGCGUACAACACACUCUCUCACUGGCCUGGCGUAUCGGUCGUGCUGUUGCGCUGUGUCGAGCGCGCAAUCAGAUCGACGACAUUGCGAAUGUAAUCAUCGACUCAGUAGGCGGCUCUGAGACGGCUCGCCUUCUUUUCAAAGGAAAGAUCGUGGCUGUUGAGCGCAAGACUGUCAAAGGGCACGUCUACGGUGAAGCAGUCAUUGCUGCACCCGACAUUCCCGACAGCCCACAAGACGUCGGCGCUCAGCUGACCAUCCCGUUCAAGAACGAGAACCUCAUCGCGACUCGGAAAGAUGCCUCUGGCACAUCGACCGUCGUGGCCAGCGUGCCUGACCUCAUCUGUGUCAUUGACGCUGCGAACGGCGAAGCUAUAGGCACUCCGGAGUACCGUUAUGGUCUUCACAUCCUUGUCAUUGGUAUCACCGCCUCGGACAAAUGGACCUCGACGCAACGCGGGCUCGAUAUUGGCGGUCCCCGCGCAUUUGGGUUCGACGUCGACUACAAGCCGUUGGGAGUGUUCAAGAAACCGCGAAGCGUCAUAGACGAGUAUGCUCCGGCCAAACCUGGGAAUUAA